AUGCUGCACCAAUACCCGAUCUCUUUUGAGACUGAGCGUCAACCUCCGACGACACAGGCGAUGCAUACUAGCAGUGUGCCAGAUCGCGUCAUGCUAGCCACAGCCGUAGUGUACGUAAAUUGCUGCUCCGGUAGUUAUGUGUCAGCUCGCGCUCUGCUUGACUCUGGGUCCCAAUUCAAUUUUAUGACCGAGGAGCUGGCACAAAAAUUGCGAAUACGAAGAGAGAAGUCGACUCUGAAUGUAAUUGGAAUUGGCAAUUCGAAUAAAAAGGUCCAAGGCAAAUUAAAUGCUUUCGUAAAAUCGAGGGUCAAUGAUUUUGAAUUUUCAACAGAUUUUUGGGUAAUGGGUUCGAUAUCAGCCAAUCACCCAGAUCACACAGUGAACACAAAUGGCUGGAAAAUCCCACAAAAUCUCGAAUUGGCUGACCCAAACUUCUUCAAGUGUCAAAAAAUCGACAUAUUAUUGGGAGCUGAAACAUUCUUUGAUCUGUUAUCGGUGGGUCAGAUCAAAACAAGUCCAAGGCAGCCAACGCUGCAAAAAACAUUUUUAGGCUGGAUAAUAUCGGGCAAAUAUGCCUCAAGUCAAAGCUCCAGUGGACAAGUAAGUAGCACAUUAUGUAAAGCCGAAGAAAAUAUGGAAAAUAUCGAUGCCACCGUCCAGAAAUUUUGGGCGCUGGAAGAACUACCCUCGGAGGCAAACGUCAAAAGACUAACUCCUGAACAAGCUGAAUGCGAGCAG